AAUUGGAAACGUGGGGGUCUUCAUACCCCGUAUGAUCCGCACUUGCCGCACUUAGCUCACGAUUGCUUGUAUGGUUCUUCCUUGUCAUUCACGAUAUCUGGAGAAAUGUACAUAAAAUGUAUUUAGUCGGAGACCCAGAAAUCUCAGGUGCUAAUUGAGAGACGAUUGAAUUAGUCUAGUGGGGUAUGGCCACAUGUAUGUAGCCUGGAGGUAGCUGAAGUACCUAUGCAUGUGUAGCUUCCAGUGUAGCUUCUAGUGAAGCUGUAUCAAGGGUGUGUGGUCCGGUAAGGAAUGGAAAGAAGGAUCGGACUUUCAGAAUUGGAUCAGGGAAAUGGCGCAUUGAUUGCUUAUUCAAUUCUAUAUUAUGACAUUGGUCGCUUCGACACUAACUCCGCAUAUUUGGACUUAAAGCCUACUUAGGACGAUCGAACUCGGAUGGAACUCUCUCCACCCCUCCUUCGGCCUCACGAAUACCGCUCUUCCCUUCAGUUCCUUCGAGCAACAUUAUCGUCCUGUCCACUGUGACCUCAUCCUGCACUUCCUGUGGGCCUGUCACAAACGACCUUACUCAGGGCGCAUAAGAGAAGAUUGCUGUAUACUUUUAACUUAGCAUAUCAGAGAUCAUGGUGCUCUUAACAGAACUUCCACCUGAGAUCAUCCAACACGUCUUGGGCUAUGUCGACCCGCCCGAUUUGGCUUGGAUCCCCCGCAUUUGUAAGAGCAUCUACCAUACCGUCAAGGGCAACGCAUCGCUCUUCAAAGCCGUCUAUCUGAACCAUUACGACAAUCCGCGCAAAUCCGAUCUAGACUGGGAACAGACCCUGAAGAAUGCUGUCCGCCUGCAAGUUAUAUGUCGUCGAGCCAAUGUCCACGACAAGAAGCACGAGCUCCCUUUCGUCUACGAGACCGUCAAGUCACUCCUUGAGAAUGCCGCCACCGAUACCGAGCGAGUGCGGCAAACGACGCAUCCGGUUUCUCGCAACGCCCAUCUCCUAAGCUCCAUUUUCAAGGACGAGACCAACCAAUUUGCCUUUCUAUGCCGAUCUUACAUUUUCGAGCGCGCUCGACAUGGAUUUAGCGGCCAGAGCUACCCAGCGCCGCAGGUAGAUCACCAGCAGAGCGCCCACUUGCAUUGUCUCUAUGGAGUGCCCAUGCUGUAUGCGCACCCAGAGUCUCACCGGACCAGACGCAGCAGAAUGAGCCCGUGGGCCUGCUCUAAGGUCUACGACCUUCGUCAGUACACCGACAACACGAACUGGGGUCCGUUCAUGGACGACAGCACGGACCGGGUGGACUGGGAGAAGGUCGAGGCCAUCAUGAUAGUGAUCGGAUCUAAUCUUAAAAAGCUGGGCCUCACCAAGUUCCCCGUGUGCAAGAACUUCUGGGAUCUCCCUUUCGCGGGGACCUGGCCGGGAAGUUACAAAGCGCUCCCCGUUGUGCACGAACCCGAACCGUUAGAUCUGCAGGACCCGUACGGCAUCACGGGGACUUGGCUUCGGGUCGUCUGCUUUCUAGAUUACACCGACUUCUUCGCGUACAACUUCACGUCGGAGGCGCAGCCGGCGGUCGACGAGCCGCGGCCGCCGAUCGACGUCGGCGAGGCGACGCGCCUGAUCCUCAUGAAGAUCCGGGUGACGCGGAUCGAGGCGCCGGGGCCGGAUGACGGGCAGGAGCUGCCGGUGGUGCACUUCGAGGGCAUUUCGCGGUCGCUGGACGAUAGCUACGACGAGAACGCGAACUCGGACUUGAGAGGUAUGAGAGGCUCGGUUAGGCUCACGCGCGAGGGAGAGGUCCGCUGGACCACCUUCUCCGUCUUCAGCGGCGUCGAGAGGUGGCGGAGCGAAAGCGUGCAGAUCGGCGGGGUGAAGAGCGCGAAGGGCGUGCUGGGGCAUUGGUUUGAUAAGGAUUUCGACCCGCGCGGCCCAGCCGGCCCAACUGCGUUCUGGAAGGUCUCGGAUAAGGUGAUGGAGUCCGGGGGCUACAGGGCUCUUAUGCAGGACUUCCUGCCUAUGAUCCAGGAUGGGCCCGACGACACGACCGACUUUGAGAAUGGCCAGCUAGGAGACGACGAUGAUGAGGAGGAAGAAGAAGACGAGGCGGGACUUGAGCUAGAGAUUACUGGCAUCUCGUGGGUGACGUGGACAGAUGAUUAGUGUGAAGCCUUUGUCCGCCGGUUUCGUUUCUAUGUACUUGUAGUAGUUUUGGGAGAAGUGCUGUUGCUGUUGCUGGGAGGUGUUGUUUUGCUGUACUGGUUUGAGUCAUGACUUUAUGUUUUACGCCAAAUACUAACAUAGUAGCUUACGACGGGUAACUUCACGAUGAUACAAUACAUUACAUUAUUUAUUAUAAGCAUUAUAACGAAUAGUGUCUGGGAAUUGUGUUAUUAUUCAUUUGGGAUGAACAUGUCUUGACUUAUGUAUAUACGGAAUAUGGAUGUACC